UUGGUUUUUAAACCCCAGUUCUCUCUCCCUUCCUUCCUUCCUCUCAGUGCAACGCAGAUCGGUCAUAGAAGGAACAAUGGCGGCAAAGAAAUUUACGAAGAGGAAGGCGUCUGACCCUUCCCGUGGCACCCCUGAUGGCGCUUCUAAGCCGAAUAUCCAGAUCGGCACGGAAGAUGAUGAAGCUCCCGACUUCCCUCGAGGAGGCGGUGGGGUUCUGAGUCGGGUUGAGGUGGAGCAAGCACGGACGGAAGCAGAGGCAGAGUUUGAGACGGAAGAGAGAACGAGGGAGAAUUUGGGAAAAAGGAAACGCCCAAGAAAGACUUCAUUCGAAGACGAUGACCUCGGUUCUCUUUUCGGAGAAGGCUUCGCGGGGAAACUGCCACGGCUUGCGAAUAAGAUUACUAUCAAGAACGUCUUGCCUGGAAUGAAGAUGCUGGGCGUUAUCUCGGAAGUGAAUCCCAAAGACCUUGUUGUGUCUCUUCCUGGUGGAUUAAGGGGGUACGUCAGAGCCGAAGAAGCAUCCGACUUGCUGGCAGAAAACAAGUUGAAUGAAAUCUCAUCCAAUAAAACUGCUCGUCAGCGGAAAAAUGAAGCUAGCAGCGGCACCCUUCUCAGUGUAUUUAUUGUAGGGCAACUUGUUCCUUGUAUCGUUUUGGACGUAGAGCAUCAUGACGGAAAGGAGAAGAAAAGAAUUUUGCUAUCUUUACGCCUUUCCUUACUGCAAAAGGGGCUUACGUUGGACUUGGUGCAAGAAGGAAUGGUGAUAAAUGCUAAUGUCAAGAGCAUCGAAGAUCAUGGAUAUAUUCUUCAUCUUGGAUCAUCAUCAUUUUCUGGAUUUCUACCACGAUCAGAUGGAAAUGAGAAAGGAGAUAAUAGCAUUGGAAAGGGACAACUUUUGCAAGUUGUGGUUUCAAAUGUUGAUAAAGUUCGGAAAGUCGUUUCAUUCAAACCAUCUCUAAACUAUUUAUGCAUAAAUUUAACUAAGGAGUAUAGAGGCCUCUCAGUCGAUCUAUUAUUUCCUGGCAUGUUGGUUGAGGCUCAUUUGAAAUCAGUUCUGGCAAAUGGGGUUCUUGUAUCAUUUCUAACGUAUUUUACAGGAACUGUUGAUAUUUUUAACUUGGAAAAUCUCUUCCUCAAAUCUUCCUGGAAAGAUAUGUAUCACAUUGGUAUGAGGGUGAGAGCUCGGAUUUUGUUCAUUGACCCCAUCACUAGAGCUGUUGGACUUACCAUGAAUCCACACCUUUUACAAGGCCAUCUUCCCCCUUCACAUGUUAGAGCUGGAGAUGUUUAUGAAGAUGCACGCAUUAUAAGGAUUGAUGGGAGAUCCGGGCUUUUGCUUGAGGUUUCUUCUAGUCCUAUUCAUACACCUGCGUAUGUCAAGACAUCCGAUGCAACUGAUGAGGAAGGUUUUAAGUUGGAGACGAAAUUCAAGGAAGGGAAUGUGGUUCGUGUUCGUGUUCUUGAUUUCAGACAGAUGGAAGGGUUAGCCAUAUGUGCUGUUAAGGCAUCUGCAUUUGAAGAGUCUUAUUUCACCCAUGCUGAUGUCAAACCUGGUAUGGUGGUCAGGGGAAAGGUCAUUAAGAUUGAAGUGGAUGCUGCGGUAAUUCAGUUUUUAGGAGGUUUAAAGGCACUUUGUCCUCUCCAACAUAUGUCAGAACAUAGUCUUGCAAAGCCCCCCAAGAAAUUUAAGGUUGGGGUGGAUCUAGUAUUCCGGGUCCUCGGAGGCAAAUCAAAGCGCAUUACGGUUACACAUAAAAGAACUCUUGUUAAAUCAAAACUUAGUAUUGUUGCCUCGUACAUUGAUGCUACUGAAGGCAUGGUUACACAUGGAUGGAUCGCAAAAAUUGAAAAACAUGGAUGCCUUGUGAGAUUUUAUAAUGGAGUUCAAGGUUUUACCCAUAUAUCUGAGCUUGGGAUCAAUCAAAGCGAGAUUGACUCUUGUUAUCAUGUUGGUCAAGUUGUAAAGUGCAGAAUAUUAAGUGCUAACCCUGCUUCUCGAAGAAUCAACCUCAGCUUUAAAAUGUCUUCUGAAAGGAGAAUUAUGGUUGAUAUUCCUGAGUUGGGUAGCAUUGUCUCUGGAGUUGUUGGGCAAUUAUCUCCUUCUGCUAUUAUAGUACAUGUGAAUGGAAAAUCAGAUCUAAAAGGAACCAUUGCAAUGGAACACUUAGCUGAUCACCUUAGCCAUGGCAGUCGACUGAAGGCUCUCAUAAAACCUGGAUAUGAAUUCAAGAAGCUUCUUGUUUUAGAUAAGGACUCAAAGAGAAUGCUUCUUUCCGCAAAGCGUUCCCUGAUUUCAUCUGCUGAUCAAAUUCCAUCUGACAUCUCUCAAGUUCAAUCUGGUUCUGUCAUACAUGGCUACAUUUGCAAUGUAAUUGAGAAUGGUUGCUUUGUCCGCUAUCUUGGUCACAUGACUGGAUUUGCUUCGAAAAAGAAUGCACUUGAUGACCAUGGUGGCAGCGUGACUGAAUGCUUUUGCAUUGGACAAUCAGUUCGAAGUCAUGUUCUUGAGGUUAAUGCUGAAUCUAGGAGAGUAAAAGUCUCACUGAAACAAUCAUCAUGUUAUUCAUCAGAUGCAUCAUUCAUGGAGGAAUACUUUCAUAUGGAGGAUGAGAUUGCAAUGCUACAACAGUCAGAACCUGAAGGUUCUGAUAUGAAGUGGAUGGAUUCUUUUGUGGUGGGAAGCAUGGUUGAGGCUGAAGUGCAGGGGCUAAAAGAAUUUGGUGUAGUUGUAAGCUUCAAAAAAUAUCCUGAUUUAGUUGGGUUUAUCACAAACUAUCAAUUAGAUGGUAAUAAUGUGGGAGUUGGCUCUACUGUGAAAGCUUUGGUUAUUGAUAUUUCAAAGGUUGAUAACAUUGUUGACCUGUCAUUGAAGCAUAGUUUAAUUGAAGAAUACCAAAGAAAAGCAUUUGGGCACUCACGUUCCAAGAAACGUCCAAGAGGCCUAGGUAAGGAUGUUAUAUUCGGUGACACAGUUAAUGCAGUUGUGGAGUUAAUCAAAGAUAAUUAUUUGGUUCUUUCUUUGCCUGAACAUGGACAUGCUAUAGGAUAUGCACUUUCAAGUGAUUAUAACACACAGAAAUUUUCACGGAAAAAAUAUGUUGAAGGUGCAAGGGUUGUUGCUACAAUUGGCAUGCUUCCAAGUCCACCAUCUGGCAGGCUGCUCUUGCUGCUAAAAUCAUUGAGCGAACAAGUGAAAUGUUCUUCCUCUAAGAAGGAUAGAAAAAGAACUUUGCUUUCGGUUGGUUCGAUUGUUGGAGCUGAGAUUACUGAUAUAAGAGCUUCUGAAAUACUUACAAAAUUCAGUCUUGGUCUUCAUGGGAGAAUAUAUAUCACAGAAGUAUGUGAUCAUGAUGAUCAUCAGCCAUUUGACUUAAAUCCAUUUAGUAAAUUUAGAAUUGGGCAAACAUUGAUGGCCAAGAUUAUUGCAAAGGCUUCAAAACCCAAGGAUACUGCAAAGAGUUAUACCUGGGAACUAUCUGUUAGACCUUCCGUGCUUUCUGGAAAGGUGGAGACAUCUGAUGAGAACUCACGUGAAGAUUUUGACUUUUCUAAUGGCCAACAUGUGAUUGGUUAUGUCAUUAACGUCGGUGAUGAAUGGGCUCGUUUAGCAAUCUCGCGGCUUGUAAAGGGUGAUUUGUUUGUACUGGAUACUUCUACUGAUCCCUCUGAGCUUCAAGAGUUUCAGAAGCGGUUUAGACCAGGACAGCCAUUAUCUUGCUACAUUCUGAGUAUAAACAAAGAUAAGCGCAGGUUGCGGUUAGGAUUAACAGAUGUGGUCAGGCAGCUGGAUGAUAAAAGAGGUGGAUCAGAUAUGAAUCAGGAUUUGUUUGGGCGUAUUCGAGAAGGCGAUAUCAUUGGUGGGAAGAUAACUGAAGUACUUCCUGGUGUUGGAGGUUUGGUCAUUCAAAUCAGUCCUCAUGUAUUUGGGAAAGUGCAUUUUACAGAAGUCACAGAUUCAUGGGUGUCUAACCCCAUAGAUGGCUACAGUAAAGGACAGUUUGUCAGAUGUAGGGUCUUAGAGGUUGGACGUUCUGCAAAUGGAGCUUUUUAUGUUGAUCUUUCUUUACGGGAUUCCUUUAUCAACAGUCAGGCAAUUAACUUGGGAGGAGGAACUGUUGAUCUCUCCUCCUCUAAGCGCUUUACAAAGUCUGAUGACUUGUAUCCUAACAUGGAAGUAAAGGGUUACGUAAAAGUUGUAACGGAAAAGGGAUGCUUCAUUACACUAUCGCGGAAGAUUGAUGCAAGGAUCCUUCUGUCUAAUUUAUCGGAUGAAUAUAUUGAAGCCCCUGAAAAAGGAUUUCCUGUUGGGAAAUUAGUACAUGGAAGGGUCCUUUCUGUGGAGCCAUUGUCCAAGAGGGUUGAUGUAUCUUUGAGAACAAAACUACCAAGGGUAACACCAGAUAUUAAUAUUAUUGACAUGCAAAGUUUUAAGGCUGGAAAUAUCAUCUCUGGCAAGAUAAGGAGGGUUGAACCAUAUGGUUUAUUCAUCACAAUUGACCAUACCAAUACGGUUGGUCUGUGCCAUGUAUCUGAGGUUCCUGAUGAACAUAGAGAUAGUCUAGAGGCCAGAUAUUGUGCAGGAGAGAAAGUUAUGGCAAAAAUUUUGAAGAUAAAUGUUGAACAAGGCAGAGUAUCUCUUGGAAUGAAGACUUCUUGCCUAGGUGGCCAUCAUACCAUUACACCGAAAGCUAAUGGCAUUGGAAAAAAGAUUGCUGAUAAUGCUGCAGCUAAUGAUGUUUCUAAUAUCUUUAUGGAAAAGAAUGGCAGUAUGACUGCUGAUGAAGUGGCUGUAGAUGACAAUGUAACCAAUGAUCUGUUGAUUCCUUCUCAAAUCAAGUCAAGGGCUUCGGUUCUCCCACUUGAAGUCACUUUUGAUGAUGAGGAACUUGGCUUGGGGCAUCAAGUAGUUGACUUUGAUGACUCCGGCAUCACCAAAACAGUUGCAGAAAGCUGUGCAGCUGAAAAGAGACGUUUGAAGAGAAAAGCCAAAGUAGAGAGAGAGCUUCAAAUUAAGGCUGCUGAGGAUAAGCUUCUUAAUGAAGAUGCAGCUCCUACAAGUGUUGAUGACUUUGAAAAACUAGUUAGGAGCUCUCCUAAUAGCAGUUACUUAUGGAUUAAGUACAUGGCUUUUAUGCUAUCACUUCGUGAUGUCCCAAAGGCUAGAUCUGUUGCAGAGCGUGCUUUGGCAACAAUAAACAUGAGAGUGGAAGGAGAAAAGCUGAACGUAUGGAUCGCAUAUCUCAAUUUAGAGAAUGAAUAUGGCAUUCCUCGCAAAGAAGCUGUUGAGAAGAUUUUUGAGAGGGCAUGCCAGUCUUGUGAUUCCAAAAAGUUGCAUUUGGCUUUGUUAGGGACAUAUGAAAGAACUGGGCAACAAGAGUUGGCAAAUGAGCUUCUAAAUGGAAUGACAAAGAAAUUCCGGACUUCAUGCAAGGUCUGGUUGAGAUAUAUAGAGACCCUCUUGAAGCAGGGCAAAGGUGAAGCUCAGGCUGUUGUAAAUCGUGCAAUUUUAAGUCUUGGCCAGUGGAAGCACAUCAAAUUUAUCUCGCAGGCUGCUAUGCUUGAAUUCAAGCAUGGUUUACCUGAUAGAGGCCGUUCAAUGUUUGAGAAAAUUUUGAGAACAUAUCCAAAGCGAAUUGACCUGUGGAAUGUAUAUCUUGAUCAUGAGAUACGCUUGAAAGAUCAAGAACUAAUACGGGCACUGUUUGAGAGAGCAACCAGUUUGAGUCUUCCUCCAAAGAAGAUGAAGUCUCUUUUUAAGAAGUACCUUUGCUAUGAGAAAUCUUGCGGCGAUGAAGAACGGGUAGAAUAUGUGAAGAGGAAGGCCAUGGAAUAUGUUGAGAGUGCCACUGGUCCUUGACAGGGUUUUACCGCUUUGAGUUCAGGAGCACCCCGUGUGAUUACGUCUGUGGUCCUUAUUUUUUCUUGAUUAUCUCAUUCACCUAUGCCUGCUCAUUUUAAGAGUCUUGACCGGUUACCUGAAAAGGAGUUGAUAUGGACAAUUGCGGAGAUGUUGACUGAGUCUGUCAUCGAAUGCCUAGCAAACAUCUACAGACUACAGAGAAAUGAGGUCAAAAUGCAAGAGGGGUAUAUGACUCCGUUGAAGGAUUAAAAAAUGUAAAUUUGCAACUGAUAUUUUUAUUUUCUAUGUUUACACCAGUAAGUUGAUUUCCUGUUUCUUAGCUGAUAUUUUUAUUUUCUAUGUUUACACCAGAAACUAUAUGUAAAAUUUUACAAGCUCAAGGUGAAUUGUUCUAGUACGGAAACCACGACCUUUCUUGUAAAUUGUUUCACAACUUAUAUCAUUAUACGAGGAUUUAAAAAUUCAAACGUCUACGUUUAAGUGGAUUGAUGAGUUUGAUGAUCCUCUUUCUGAUGUGUAUUUGCA